UUUUUACAAAUCAACACUAUGCGGGCUUUCAACCUUGCUUUUCUCUCGCUGAGAUUUUGAUCACUGCCAUUUUCUUCUUUUUGUUUUUUCGAGUAAGAGAUUGAUUAAAGAAAAUAAAUUGGCACUGAUCACUGCCAUUUCCACUCUUCCAGAGCUUUUUCUCACCUUUUUCCUCUCCACUAAUAACACUAAUGGCGGAAUCCGAUGAAACACCGUCACCGGCGACGACACCAUCCACCGCUCCAAUAUACAUUCACCCACGCAGGGAGCCAUUUGAACACGGCCUAUUACCGAUCCCGAAGCUAAUCUUCACCGACGGAACACAAACCCUAGGUCCAAUUAAGGACAAGCUAUUAUCCUCCCUUUCCUCCUCCGAGUCAAGUACUACGCACCAACGCGUUAACACGGAAUCCAUUGCUGAGUCCCUUCAGAUCUCGCCCGAACACGCUCGCCUCGUCCUCGAAACCAUUGCUUGCGUUCUUCACUCCGAUUCGGACCCUCUCGUUACUGCUAAGCCCUCCGAGGUCGGCUCUGUUGGUGUUAAUGUGUUUGAUUUGGUUGUAUUUUUGUACAUUCAGAGUUACAAAAGGUUGCUUCCUAAAGGACAUAAGGAUUCAGCUGCUGUAGCUGAUGUUUGGCCUUCUACUUCGGCUUUCGACGGGUUCUUGUCUGCAUUGUCGCCGUUGCAGCUUGUACGUAGCAAUAGUCGACGAAAUAUGCCAUCACAAUCUGAUGAAGAGGCUCAUCAGUUAUCCUAUUUACAAAAGCACCUGGAAAACAUUCUGUCUCUUUUGUCAGAGGCAGUAGAAGGAGAGGGCGACGAAACACUGGUUCUGUCCGCAGAGAAAUUUGAGCAUCUUGGUUUUCUAUUCUAUUUUGGUGAAAAGGGAUCUGAGAGAAUCCCAUUGAGUCAGAAUGCCCCAUUUUUUGCCAAUUCAGAUCCAGACAUGCCAGCUGUUCCUGUUCCUGCAGCUCAAGUACAUGAUUGGCUGCUACAAAAUAUAGCGUCUGCUCUGGAACGCAUUACUGAGAGGGCUUCUGCCAAGGAAAAUGGACCAACCAGUGCCAUCGACCAGGAUGUGCCAAUGGCUGAUGUCUCUGCAAGUUCAGUAAAGAGUUCAUUGAGUCCUAGAGGCCCAAAUUUCAUUGAGGGAAUCUCGAAAACAUCAUAUGUACGUCAGCAGAAUGAUCUUAAAGGCUCUUCUGUGAAGGUUGUCAAUUGCCAUGAAUCAGUCAUUUACAUUUUAGCACCUCUGAAAUAUGCGACAGUAUACGGAUGCUCUGAUGCAACCAUUUUCCUGGGAGCUGUUGGCAAGGCUGUAAGAGUUGAGCACUGUGAACGUGUGCACGUGAUAGCAGCGGCUAAACGUAUCUGUAUCGUCAACUGUCGUGAAUGUGUAUUUUUCCUGGGAGUAAAUCAAACACCACUUGUUGUUGGUGAUAACCAUAAAUUGCAGGUGAAUCUUAAGCUUCUACACUGCUGCUGAAUAAAUUUCAUCUUA